CGGCGACGACGACGACGACGAGGAGGAGGAGGGGAGAGCGGGCGGCGCGGCCGCGGCUGCCGGGCGCUGGGCUGGGCGGCGCUUUUUUUUUUUUCGCAAUUUCCACUAGCGGGGAGCAGGAAACCCGGCGCAGCCGGGCGCAGCGGGCCGCGAUGCAGCAGCAGCAGGAGUCGCCCCGGGCCAGCAGCGGCAGCAGCAGCAGAGGCAGCAGCGGGCGGCGCUGAGCCGCCGCGGCCGCCGCUACUGAGGAAGAAGCCGGCCCAGACGCCGCCGCGUCCCUAUCCCCGCGCCCACAUCCCGGCUUCCCGAUUCCCGCGACCGGGUCCCGGCGCCCUGACCCCCGCGUCCGCCUCCGCUAACUUUCACGCUGCCUCGGCGGCCCGGCCCGGCUCGACGCCAAUGGUGGAGGCCAUAGUGGAGUUUGACUACCAGGCCCAGCACGACGAUGAGCUGACGAUCACCGUGGGUGAGAUCAUCACCAACAUCAGGAAGGAGGAUGGAGGCUGGUGGGAGGGACAGAUCAAUGGCAGGAGAGGUUUGUUCCCUGACAACUUUGUAAGAGAAAUAAAGAAAGAGAUGAAGAAAGACCCUCUCUCCAGCAAAGCUCCAGAAAAGCCCAUGCACGAAGUGUCCAGUGGAAAUGCAUUGCUGUCUUCUGAAACAAUUCUAAGAACCAACAAGAGAGGCGAGCGACGGAGGCGCCGGUGCCAGGUGGCGUUCAGCUACCUGCCCCAGAACGAUGAUGAGCUUGAGCUGAAAGUUGGCGACAUCAUAGAGGUGGUAGGAGAGGUAGAAGAAGGAUGGUGGGAAGGUGUUCUCAAUGGAAAGACUGGAAUGUUUCCUUCCAACUUCAUCAAGGAGCUGUCGGGGGAGUCGGACGACCUCGGCAUUUCCCAGGAUGAGCAGCUCUCCAAGUCAAGUUUAAGGGAAACCACAGGCUCCGAGAGUGAUGGGGGUGACUCGAGCAGUACCAAAUCCGAGGGUGCCAACGGGACAGUCGCAACGGCCGCAAUCCAGCCGAAGAAAGUUAAGGGAGUGGGCUUUGGAGAUAUUUUCAAAGACAAGCCAAUAAAGCUAAGACCAAGGUCGAUUGAAGUAGAAAAUGACUUUCUGCCUGUGGAAAAGACUAUUGGCAAGAAGUUACCUCCGACUGCAGCAACUCCGGACUCGUCAAAAACAGAAAUGGACAGCAGGACAAAGGCCAAGGAUUACUGCAAAGUAAUAUUUCCAUAUGAGGCACAGAACGACGAUGAAUUGACAAUCAAAGAAGGAGAUAUAGUCACUCUCAUCAAUAAGGACUGCAUCGAUGUAGGCUGGUGGGAAGGAGAGCUCAAUGGCAGACGCGGAGUGUUCCCUGACAACUUCGUGAAGUUACUUCCGCCGGACUUUGAAAAGGAGGGGAAUAGACCCAAGAAGCCACCUCCUCCAUCGGCUCCCGUCAUCAAGCAAGGGGCAGGUACCACUGAAAGAAAACAUGAAAUUAAAAAGAUACCUCCUGAAAGGCCAGAAACGCUUCCAAAUAGAACAGAAGAAAAAGAAAGACCAGAGAGAGAGCCAAAGCUGGAUUUACAGAAGGCUUCUGUUCCUGCCAUACCGCCCAAAAAGCCGCGGCCACCCAAGACCAAUUCUCUCAGCAGACCAGGUGCGCUGCCCCCGAGGAGGCCGGAGCGACCAGCGGGGCCCCUGACCCAUACCAGGGGUGACGGUCCAAAGAUCGACUUGGCGGGCAGUUCGAUAUCUGGCAUCCUGGACAAGGACCUCUCGGACCGCAGCAAUGACAUCGACCUAGAAGGGUUUGAUUCCGUGGUGUCAUCUACUGAGAAGCUCAGUCACCCAACCACAAGCAGACCAAAAGCCACGGGGAGGAGGCCUCCGUCCCAGUCCCUGACGUCCUCUUCCCUUUCAAGCCCUGAUAUCUUUGACUCCCCAAGUCCUGAAGAAGAUAAAGAAGAACACGUUUCGCUUGCACACAGAGGAGUGGACGCAUCAAAGAAAACUUCAAAGACUGUUACCAUAUCCCAAGUGUCCGACAACAAAGCAUCGCUGCCGCCCAAGCCGGGGACCAUGGCUGCGGGCAGUGGCGGGCCGGCCCCUCUGUCCUCAGCAGCACCCUCUCCCCUGUCGUCCUCUUCGGGAACAGUUGGACACAGAGCCAACUCCCCGUCUCUGUUCGGCGCGGAAGGAAAACCAAAGAUGGAGCCUACAGCCAGCAGCCAGGCGGCCGUGGAGGAGCUGAGGACACAGGUCCGGGAGCUGAGGAGCAUCAUCGAGACCAUGAAGGACCAGCAGAAACGAGAGAUUAAGCAGUUACUGUCAGAGUUGGAUGAAGAGAAGAAAAUCCGGCUUCGGUUGCAGAUGGAAGUUAAUGACAUAAAGAAAGCUCUUCAAUCAAAAUGAAUACUUGAUAAAUGAAAUGUUGCAUUAUUCAUCCCAAGUCCAAGACUCAAAAUUUCCGCCCCAGCCAAAAUAACCUUGUGCCAAAAGAUGAAAAAUUGCCUCAACAUGUCCCUGUUUCAAAAAUUAGCACAAAAGUCUUGAUAGCACAACACAAAUUCCAUCCAAGAGGAGACUCUUCCCCAUGGUAUAGUCCUGGGUCUGGCACUGGUUGUGACUUAAACAGAGCAAAUUGUGCUAAAGGCUUUUUUACUAUGAGAUCUCACGCGAAACGAAAACUCAGGCAGUUUAGUCCAUAGUGGUACUAUUUUGAUGAUAUUUUCCAUUAAUAAAAUGUAAUUUUAGAGUCUUCGUUUACAAGCUUUAUAAUUUUAUGAUUUUUUUAAUCGUGUUUUGCCACAGAUUCCCCCAGUGUUUGUAUUACACAUAGUCCGGAGCGAGCAUCCCAUUCUUUUGCUUUAGGCGGAAAGCUGCCUCGCUCUGUGUCCCCCUCAAGGAGUCUGUUACAUAUGCAAUUUUAGGUCCAACCUGUCCCUUCUCCUGCCAGCAAACCCCACCACCCUAAGAUAAAUUUUAGCUUAUAUAUGAUGGUAUAUUUACAAAAAGAGAAAGAGAAAAUCUGGUAUUUGCAAUGAUCUGUGCCUUCUUUUUACCACCCUCUUGAUUGGAGCUUUUGUGAUGCAGCUACCAUGAUUUAAAAAACACACACACACAUUUAUUUUUUUUAGUCACUUAUCAAAGUCUACUAGAGGCCACUGUCUUCAAAGCUUCUCUCGCCUAACCAAAGGUCCUAAGAGGAGACAGCUGUGAAGUUGGGCGUGCUCUUUGGUACCAGCUGUGACUUUUAAGUUCUCCUAGUUUUAGGUUGUUCAUGAACUAGAAAUGUCACCCCUGCUUGAUUUUUCAUCAGCCAAGUUAAACCCCUGCUUCCUGUCCUUUGCACCUUUUGAGUGAACGGAAUAUGCAUUAUUAAAGCAAAAAUAAAUAAAAGUAAAAUGCAAAUGAAAACAAAGGCGGGGGGGGAGUUGUAUUAUUUCCUGCACUAGGUUAUCCGUGUGUGCUGUUGUUGAAACUGUACUCACAUGAUCUCAUUUGCCUUGCUCUCUUGUAACCCCUUCCUCAGGUCCAAGAGAAAGGGGGGAGGCGCUUGUUGAAGCGUAGCCAUUGGCUCUCUCUUGCAUUUAUGGAAUUGCUUUUUCCGACCCGAGGAAACUGGUGUUUGCUUGUCCACUUUAUCUUUGUAGCCAAUGAAGAGUUCAGCUUUAGACUAAUGUAACUGUUUUCUCAUCCUUAGCAGAAAAUAAGGGGAGCAUACUGUAUUGCAAGAUAGUUUGGGGAUUAGGGGGUGGGGGGGUGGUCCCUUCAUGGCCCCUGAAGGUGUUUUAUGUGUUUCUACAAAGCUGCUUUGUCCAUUUCCUGAGUUUUAGAGUGAAACUACUAAACAUGAGUAGAUUUGUACAACCACAAAGAAUGAGAAUUGAUAACACUGAAGGAGUGAUGCAAAAAAAAAAAAAUCAUCACACGUUCUUGAUCAUCGAAAGUAUUACAAAUGAAUGUCUCUGCCUCUCUCCCUUCCCCCGCCUUCCUCUUACCUACUUAUUCAACCUUGUUGCUGGAGGCCGCUAUUUCCUCCAGAGUAUUUACAGAGCCGCGGACAUCCUGGUCUUCCAGGUGCGGUUCCAGGGUGAUGGCACAGUUAAGGGAAGGGAGUGUGUAAAGAAAGAAGCCUCACACCCUUCACUCUCAUAUCUGGACAUACUGCCUUUCCAGCAGCCUUGCCCUCAGUGUGCUUGGGGCCAGGAGUGCCAAGUUUCCAAGGGCCACAUAAAACAUUCCUAUACCCCUUGACUGUUCUAGGCAUUUCUACGUUAAACUUGAAGCCUUUAGAAAUUUCCCACCACCGAAUAUAAGAAUGAGGAUUGGCUUCUUUGACAUUUGGAUUUCUCAUUUACUCAUCAUGAAAAUCCCUAAUGGUAUAGUUUUAUAUAAUGUGUAUACAGAGAAAGAUUGUGAAUAAAUUAAAUUGAGAGGUUGGAGUGCCCUCGUGGGGCACUGGCGACCUGAAAAAUAGAGCCAUUGGCUUUCUUUGUAUCAGGAGAGAGAGAAGCAAUUCUAGAAGGAGAAGUUGGCGUAUGCAGCUUCAUUACUGCCCUAUGGGCUAACCAGCAAGAGGAUUCUACAGUCAUGGAACUGGAUGAGCCACUGCCCGAACAGCCACCAUCUUUACUCUUUACAAAACGGGCCUGUGAAGAAUAUUGAACAGCUUGGAAGUAUCACUUUUGAAAAAAUUCUUUUGCAUUCAGCAUGGACUCGACCAGCAUCUGUGGAGAUUAUUUUUUUGCUUCAUUUUCUAAAGUUGUAUUUAGAAAAGUCUUAAGUAUUGUGCUUUGUAAAGAAGAUGAUUAAAAUGAAGUUUUGUGGAAAUAUUUUUGUUCAAAGUUGUCAUGGUCCAAGAGGAAUGAUAUCUUGGAAUUAAAGUCAUUUUCCUCCAUUUUCCACAAUUCGGUUACUCUCAGAGAAAUGUCUUAAUGUCUUCAGAAGACAUGGAAUAUAGUGCCCCCCCCCUUCUCAUCUUUCCCAAGUGAAGAGAAAUAAUCCAGUAAAAUCUGUAGCUGUGAAUUCCAUUUUUAAGCUGUUCACUUUUACAUUCAUAUUUA